CGCCAGUACGCCUAUAUAUAGGACUCGUUCACCUUAACACAAAAAAAACGACCAGCAUACUCUAAAAUGGCAACCUCUGUUCUUCCUCUUCUCUCACUACUGUUCACACUCCUACUCUCCACUUCCACCGCCUUCCCCACUUCACCGCCGCCGUCAGCCUCACAUAUCUCCGACCAAUUUUACCAAUGCAUCGCCCAUCAGACUUCCGGAAAAAGAAAUCUCUCCCAGUCUUUCUUCACCCCGGAAAACCCCUUAUUCGCCGGCGUCCUGAAUUCCACCGCUCAGAAUCUCCGGUGCGUUGAGCCCAACGUCGCCAAGCCGCUGCUCAUAUUCACUCCCCUCGACGAGUCCCAGGUCUCCGCCGCCGUCACCUGCGCCAGCGGCCUCCGGCUCCAGCUCAGAGUCCGCAGCGGCGGCCAUGACUACGAGUGCCUCUCUUACAUUUCUCUGAUGGGAAUUCCGUUCGCCAUCGUCGAUCUAUCCAAGUUGAGGUCCGUGGAUGUGGAUGUGAAGAAUAAAGUGUCUUGGGUUCAGGCCGGGGCGACGGUCGGAGAAGCGUAUUACCAGAUAUCGCUGAAAAGCAACGUUCUUGGUUUUCCGGCGGGGCUCUGUUCCAGCUUGGGAAUCGGCGGGCACAUCACCGGCGGCGCGUACGGGUCAAUGAUGAGGAAGUACGGUCUCGGGGUGGACAACGUAUUGGAUGCGAAGAUGGUGGACGCGAAAGGGAGGAUUCUUGACAGGAAAGGGAUGGGGGAGGAGGUGUUCUGGGCGAUAAGGGGCGGCGGCGGAGCCAGCUUCGGGAUCAUACUGUCCUGGAAGCUAAAGCUGGUUCCGGUUCCGGCAACCGUCACGGUCUUCAACGUCCCGAGGACUCUGGAACAGGGGGCGACCAAAGUGCUCUCCAAGUGGCAGAAAGUGGCCGAUAAGCUUGACGAGAAUCUCUUCAUCAGGGUGGUCAUCACGCCGGCGAACGGCACUGACCCCGGAAAGAGGACGAUCCAGACCGCCUACAACGCCCUGUUCCUCGGUACCUCCGACGUGCUGCUGAAGCUAAUGAACCAGAGCUUCCCGGAGCUAGGACUGAAAAAAAGAGACUGCAUCCAAAUGAGCUGGAUCCAGUCAGUCCUGUUCAUCGCCGGCUUUCCGCUGGGCACUCCGACGAGCGCUCUCCUGGCCGGAAAACCACCAUUCACGAACCACUUCAAAGCCAAAUCCGACUUCGUGAAAACCCCCAUCCCGGAAACAGGUCUGACCGGGCUAUGGCAACGCCUCCUGCAAGAAGACACGCCGAUGAUGAUACUCAACCCGUACGGCGGCAAGAUGGCGGCGAUCCCGGAAUCCGCCACGCCGUUCCCGCACAGAUGCGGCAACCUUUUCAUGAUCCAGUACCUGACCCUCUGGAGCGAGGACGACGUCACGGUGGCUGCGAAGCACUACGAAUGGAUCGGGAAGUUGUACGAUUACAUGGAGCCGUACGUGUCGAGGUAUCCGAGGGAGGCGUAUGUGAACUACAGGGAUCUUGAUCUGGGCAUGAACAAGAAUCAUGGGAAAGUUACGUUCUUGGAAGCGAGUUCUUGGGGAACCCUUUAUUUCAAGGACAACUUCCGGAGAUUGGCGCAGGCGAAGACGAAGAUCGACCCCAACAACUUUUUCCGGCAUGAACAGAGUAUCCCGACAAUUUAACCAUCUCCGGCGGCGUCGUCACCGGCGUAUAUCUGAAAUACGGAGUACAUACAUACUCUGUAACAAAGAGACUUUCCUCCAUAUUGACUUGGGGCCGAAGCACAAAUUUCAUGUUUACUAUUUACACACGUUCAAACUUCAAAUAGUGUUUACAUUUUUAUUUUUUUCAGUAUUUAUAUUCUUUGGGUAUAAAUAUAGUCACAUCAG